CAGAGUCCGCUAGGGGGAGAUGUUAGCUGUACCUACAGCGCUACAGCUGGCUUGGCCACCUGCAGCCUGACGUGCCGACCUGGUCACGUGUUUGUCCAGGAACCUUUGUCGAACUACCAAUGCGGUGAGAAGACAAGGUACUUAUGGCCGCAUCAGAACGCAUUGAACCCGAGUGGAAAACUACCAGCUUGUGGGCGCGUCACACUUCCACGGAGUAUCUCCCUUCACUACAAGUUCAAAUAUUCCGAUCUUCCGUGUGACCAGGAUAUAGUCGACGCACUUCCGGUGGACCAACUCCCCUGUGUCACUGAAGGGCGAUGUAGACGUGACGUCACGAUGACGUGUGGCGGUAGCUCCGUCGGAGCCACGCCUACGUCAUUGAUGCUGUCAAUCACUGCAGAGGUGCCUGAUCAUAACAUCAUGUGGCAAUCUGAUGACAUUGACGAUGGAGAACUAGACAUUAAACUGUCAGCAGCUUUGGAUGCCUUUAAGCCCGUACUGCGUGACAUUGAAGAGGUUCUCUCAAUUGUUUCAAGUGAUGGGUAUGAUAUAAACGUCAAUGGGACCAUGUACACCGCUGAAACCGAUCUUGGGAUACCUACAACAGCUGUGGACUGUCCUUCUGGUACCGUAAGACAAGUGGUUCUUUGUGUGACGUGUCCACCCGGUACAUUGUACAACAGUGGCACCUGUCAGGAAUGCCCCCUAGGUUCGUACCAGGAACUGCAGGGCCAGACCCAGUGCCAGUACUGCCCUGAUGGCAAAACUACACUCGGGAUUGGAGCUGUCAGCCAAACUGACUGCGUAGACACUCUUUAAAAUAUCUAGAAUCUUACACAUUUUGCUUUGUAUGUAAUCUUAGUGUUAUCUAGCUUUAAAGAGGAAACAAGGAAAGCUAAUCAAAACUUAACACUAACUUCAUAGUUACGACUCUAAAAGACAUUUGGUUGUUUUUUUAGUUUUAAAGUUAAAUAGAUUUUACCCCAAAUCGAAUGAAACAAAAUGACAAAGAUGAAAAUGUGGACAAAUGUCGCCAGUACAUAGCAAUUGACAGUUUACUAAAUUGUGUAUUCUGUUGACUUAAAUUAAAGUCAAUUUUAAACCUACUUUAGAAUCUGUUGUAUCUUUCGAAUGUAGAUGACUUCCUUUACUACAAUCUUUGACCUAGUACCUGAAGUCACUACUUUGUUUAAUCAGAUAGAUGAAGAAGACAGGGAGAUUCGUUUAUUAAAUUCUAUAAAUUGUAGGAAAGGGCUACCAAGGCUAAAGUAUUCGAGUUGCAUCUUUAGCAACACGGCAUUUUUUAUCUUGUAGAAGAUUUAAUAUACCACAAGAACAUUGUUGAUUGUUUAUUACCUCAUCAAUUAGCGCAUACAGUCUUAGUUACUACACAAUAUCCUACAGUAUAGAUAUCCGUACCAUAUUUUCUUGUUACUACUGAAUAGUAGCUACUAACCUUUUUUGCGAUCCAGAUUUAUGAUAUCAACACUCCAAUUUAUAAAUGUUACGUUGAUACAUUCUGGUUAAACAUUCUUGAUUUAGCUUAUUAUGACAUAUUUACGUUGAUCGUUGUGAUGUAAUAAUCAAGCCUAUAUCAAUGGUAAAUAUUACAUCGUUUUAGGUCUACAUCAUUUGUACAUUCAGAAAGCUUAACGUCGUAAUUUCAAAUGUAUGUCCAUUUUUCUUCUCCGUUAUUGUUUGCGACAUUCGAAACUUCCGCUGGCCAAGAUGGCGGCAAAGGACGGAUCACAGAUGGCUGGAGAUAUACACUUACUGUGUACCAAUCCGGCCCUGAGGUGUGAGAGAAUACAAAUUGUCAGUGGAAUGUAA